AUGCCCCUAGGGGCUCUCCCAGAGGUGUUGGGGCCCAAGGGACCAACGAAGUGUGGUGGCACGUACAGGAACCCUCUCAGGGGCGGCGACCCCGCCAGGGACACCCCCAGGUCCCCCAGGAGUGGUGGCGUCUCCGUGUACCCUUUCCGGUACCCUCCAAGAGGCCCUCUCAAGGGCGGUGGCGCCACCUUGGACCCUCCCAGGGGUGGCGGUAUUCCCAGGGACCCUCCCACGUGCUGCGGCGCCUCCAGGGACCCUGAUAGGGGCGGCGGCACCCCAGGAACUCCCCCACAAAAGGCUGCGCCCCCAAGGAACGUACCAGGAGCGGCGGCGCUCCCAGUGACCCAUCUAGGGAUGGCGGCGACCCCUGGAAAUCUUCCAGAGAAUGCGGCGCCCUCAGGAAUCCUCCCAGGAACAGCGGCGCCCGGAAGGACUCUCGCAGGGGCAGAGACGCCCCCAGUGACCCUCCCAGGGGAGGCGAGACCUCCAUGGACCCUCCCAGGUGCGGCGGCGCUCCUAUAG